AUGAUGUUUCCUGAACACAUUUACAUCCUAGCACAUUAUUACCAUUUCUGUAUAUUUGUGAAUCACGAAUCUCGUGCGUUAUCUGAGCUAGAUAAUUCAGGAUACAAAAUCAAUAUGUUAUCUAAAAUAGAAAGUGUCAUUCUCAGAUGUGUAGUUCGCUAUUAUUGCAAAGUGGGAGUAAUUGGUGUACCAUUUGAAAAAGGACAGCACAAAGAAGGUGUAGCACAUGGUGCACGAGUAAUCAGGGAAGCUGGAUUACUGCAAGAGUUAGAAUCCUUAGGCUUGGACGUGAAAGACUAUGGCAAUGUUUCGUACGAAACGAAAGAUGUCGAUGGUGUGAAUAACAUGUCAUAUUUAGGUGAAGUUGCUGGUUGCACUGGUUGUCUGUCUGAAAAAGUUCAAAAGAUUUUAAACGAUGGCCGCCGAGUAUUAACACUUGGUGGCGAUCACAGUGUAGGAAUUGGAACAAUAGAUGGUCAUGUUAAGGUAAAGAAAGAUGUAGGUGUAAUAUGGGUUGAUGCACACGCAGAUCUUAAUACAAAUAAAACCAGUGAAAGUGGAAAUGUUCAUGGUAUGCCUGUAGCAUUAUUAACUUCUGAAUUAGCUGAUUAUUGGCCACACCUUCCAGGCAUGGAUUGGCAACAACCAAUGCUAUCCAUAAGAAAUGUGGCUUACAUUGGAUUAAGAUCUGUAGAUCGUUAUGAAAGAUUAGUCAUUGAAAAAUUUGGCAUUAUUGCUUUUGGUAUGGAAGAUGUUGAACGAUAUGGAAUUCAUGAUGUUGUUAACAUGGCAAUAGAAAAGGUAGAUCCUAAUGACUCCAAGUCAUUGCAUGUUAGUUUUGAUAUUGAUUCCCUUGAUCCUUUAGAAGCACCAAGUACAGGAACUCCAGUGCGUGGAGGAUUAUCUCUUAGAGAAGCUGUUCAUCUAAUGGAAGAGUUGUAUAGGACUCACAGAUUAAAUGCUGUUGAUCUUGUAGAGGUAAAUCCUUUAAUUGGCAGUCCACGUGAUGUGAACUUAACUAUUGAAGCUGCCAUACAUAUUAUACAAGCUGGUUUUGGUUACACAAGAAGAGGUCUUAAGGUUCCAAAGGGAAUUACUGAUAUGCCUUUACAAACAUUUAGAUAAUAAUUCAUUUGUUCUUAUUUAAGCAAUAUUCUUUAAAUU